AUGGAUAAACGUCCGUACAUUUUUUAUAAGGAUAUGCCUCUGCAUCGCCAUGAGGAACUAAAAGAUCGUCUUCAUCGUGCCUAUUCGACACGGCGAGUUCUGCCCAACGUUCAGAUCUCUGAGGCUGCUUUAAAUCGUGCUCGAAGUCUUCACGUUCCUGCAAAAAAGCGAGUUCCCAUGGAGGGUAUUCGGUCUUCCUCUCGAGCCACGAACUCGCCAUCCCCUUCUGAGAUUGCCCAACGAACGCAUAGACCGCCUUCAGUUGGCGGACGACCACACAGAAAUCUCCAAAAAUAUCGACAAGCAUCCAUUGUGGCUUCAUCUGUCACCUCCAGCGCUAUCUCCAACUCUCCACUUGCUCCUCGUCUAUCACCGAAUCUCAGUCAUAGGGGAGAGACACGGCAUCAAGCACGCUCAAUGAAAGGGAAUGAUAAGCCAGAGCAACGAAUGAGACGACAGUUGCCUUGCAAAGUCGUGCUUCCCAACAAUAGCAAUGAGGAAAUGGAUGAGGGUGAGUCUGUGGCUUCAACAUUUGACGACUUUGACUACUUCUGUAGCAUCUCCUACUCUCCAAGCAGCAAAGUCGCACCCAAUUACACGGCAGAAACAACUCAGACACGACGCCAAAGAAUGCGAGGAAGGCGAAGCCAUUCCAUGCUUCAUCCAAAUGAAAGUGUGGUCGAUUACUCCUCACCUUCAACAUCUUUUACGACAGCAAGUAGCGGGAAGGACCAUGUUGUUGAUAAACGGGUGUUUAGUCGGACCUUGACAACGUACAAUCAGGAUAUAGUGGAGGACAUAACCCCUAAACGUAUGUCUGGAAAUGCGUCAAGAAACAAUUCAUCGGUCAGUUUGACCCAAGGUAGCCGGGCAUCCUAUUCCCCAGGACGGCCACCAAUUACACCUCAAGCACCACCAAAAAUUCCUUCUGGAAGUCGAGAAUCACCACUCGGUGCCGCAAUUUCUCAGGAGGCAUUGGAAGCCGACGAUCCAGAUUUGGUGGAAUUCAAAGUUCAGGUGGUAGGAUCACCCUCUGUCGGCAAGUCAACUAUUUGCCAGAGACUGGCAAGUCUAAAUAGUGAAGAUAGUGAUGACUUCAACGAGGACGCUUGCGAAGACCUUCAAACAUUGUCAGUGAAAGCGACAUUAAAUGGAAAAGUCUUUAAUGUUGGAUUUGUAGAAACCGCUAUGUAUGCAGCAGAAGAUGCGAUGGAGUGCGUGGACGCUUUCGUGGUGGUCUAUGCAAUUGACGACGACUCCACCUUCGAAUUUGCUAGACGAGUUCUUCUAGUCCUGAGAGAAAGUGUACGGGAAAAUUCUCUACCACCCGCUGGCUUUAUUCUGGUCGGAAAUAAGUCCGAUCUUGUUCGUGGACGUGAAGUACCCACAGAUGAAGGAAAUCAAUUUGCAGCAUCUCAAAAGGCUGAAUUUAUUGAAGUUUCCGCUGUGUUGGAUCACAAAAUACUUGAACUCCUUUUCACAAUCAUCACCCACCUUCGAGGGUUGGAAGAGGCUAAAGCACAACGACCCAAACGACCACCGACCAAUGAACUCUGGGGCACAAGUAGAAAGAUCGCUGUCAAGAUGGCUGCCAGUGGAGGUAGCGGCUCUAGUGGUGAUGGUGGCGGUGGAGGAGGAGGUGGUGCAGGCAGUGGUAGUGGACUGGGAGGAGGAGGCGGCGGUGGAGGUGACACUUUUUCCCGAAUCAGUAAAAAACCUGCCAAAAACGAGAUUGUCAAAUUCUUCAAGAGACACUUCUCCAAGUCCGCUAUGGAAGACCCCAUGUGUGGCAGAGAGAUGGGUGAUGGUACUUAG